AAAAAACAACGUCCUUCAUUUUGCCAAAACGUGCGUUUCACAAAGUCUCAACUCAUUUUCGUCGUGAGUGGUGACGUGCCCUAGCCCCAUAUCUAGUCUCCCUCUCUCAAUCUCACAUCUCUCGUCGCCACCGCCGCGCCGCACGGAGGCACCCACGGAACCAAUCUAGCCAUCAGUUGAAACAGUGAGCUUACAAAAAAUGGCAACUGCACCUGCACAAAUUCCUACAAGCUUUGGCCAUGAGUUGAGGGCUUGUCUUCGUUGCCGCCUUGUCAAAACCUAUGAUCAGUUCAGAGAGUCAGGCUGUGAGAACUGCUCAUUCUUUAAGAUGGAAGAAGAUCACGAGCGUGUUGUUGAUUGCACUACUCCCAAUUUUAAUGGGAUCAUUUCAGUUAUGGAUCCAAAUCGGAGUUGGGCUGCCCGUUGGUUGCGCAUUGGAAAGUUUGUUCCUGGUGUUUAUACUCUUGCUGUCUCAGAGGCUCUUCCUGAAGAGAUGCAGGCUAUAUGUGAAGACGAGCGUGUGCAGUAUAUCCCUCCCAAACGUUUGUGAAUGACGUAAAUAUUGGUUUUCAUACUCUAGUGUGAUGGGAAUUGUCUGGAUGAAGGUAGAUUUUAAUGCAUUUGCUAAGUGACUUCUUAGAAUUGCCCGAGCUUUAUGAUGUGUUUUUCUUCUGAUGAAGAAAUAAAUUGAUGACGAGUUAUUAUGUACUAUGGAGAGAUCAUGAAUCAAACAUUAUUUACUGCGUUUUUGGGCCUAUAUGCUCUUGACUCUAACAAACUAAGCUACGAGCCACUUUGGAUACACUAAUCAAUUAAAUUUCUCGCA